AUGGCUCGGCCGAUUGUGUUGCAUCUGGGCGAUGAUAUACGAUGGAACCAUGACCUAUACAAGGAAUUUGAAUCCAAUUUUGAGGUUCGGAGGUCCUACAGUAUGUCACGCGCCGAAUUCAUCCAGGCUCUCAAAAACAAAACAUUCGGCGACUUCUACGCCAUGUAUCGCCCCUUCUGGAACACAGGCGGCGAGAUGGGCAACUGGGACAACGAGCUGAUAUCGUUGUUGCCCAAAUCAUGCAAGAUAUAUGCUAGCGCUGGAGCAGGGUUUGACUGGGUUGACACGGAGUGCCUUGCGCGGAGAGGAAUUAUCUACUGCAACGCUGCAGCAGCCUGUACCGAAUCCGUAGCAGACGCAGCCAUCUGGCUGAUCCUGUCCGUCUUCCGGCUCUUCUCGUGGUCAGCCAUCGCCGCCCGAUCCGGUGACCCAGAACAAUUCAUGGACGCCAACCGCAACCUGGCACCAGUCUCACGGAAUCCCAAUGCGGGCUUCAGUCUCGGAAUCAUCGGGUUCGGACGAAUUGGGCAGAGAAUUGCCAAAAAGGCUCACGCGGCAUUCGACAUGAGAAUCCUGUACAACGAUGUUGUGCAGAUGCCACGUGAAGUAGAAGCACCCGUCAACGCAACCUUCCACAAGGACAUGGACACACUGUUAGCCGAGGCGGACUGCGUGUUAGUUGCCACGCCCUUUGCGGGUGGGACGUUGCUCAACGCGGAGAAAAUCCAAAAGAUGAAGCAAGGCGCGAGACUUGUCAACAUUGCUCGCGGCAAGCUGGUCGAUGAGGAUGCUCUGGUUGCCGCGUUGAAGAGUGGUCAGAUUUCCGCUGCUGGACUUGAUGUGCAUUUUAACGAGCCCCACGUGAGCCAAGAGCUCAUUGGAAUGAAGCGCGUUGAAGUCUUGUCGCAUAACGCAGGUGCGUCUUUGGAUUCGCAUGUUGGGUUCGAGAGGCUUGGUAUAGAGAAUAUUUUGCAAUUUAGUCAGACAGGUAAGGCGAUAUCGCCUGUGAAUGCGCAUCUGAUACCGGGACGCGCGAAUCUAUAG